AUGGCCACAGCUGCAGCGCACAAAGUGCAGGGCAUCACAGAGCUGCUGGAGAUGGUGCUCUACGAACUGCCACCAAUUGACAUCCUGGUGUAUCAACGCGUCUGCCAGCGCUGGAAGGAUAUUAUCACCCAUGGAGAGAAGUUCCAGCAGGCUCUCUUCUUCAAGCCUGCCACCAACGGGACACUCAAGCCACGCAAAGAGCGAACUUUCAGAGAGUUGGCCUCUAGUGUGGAGGCUACCUGGGCGGACGCCUCUAAGCCACAGCGCAUCUUCCUCAACCCGAUGCUUGCGGAAUUGAUCGACGCUGUAAAGAAUGGACGCGACAAGAAGUGGACCUCCCAGAAUGCUUCUUGGAGACGCAUGCUUCUAACGCGACCGUCGAGCGACGAGACCUGUGUGAUGGCUACUGAUUUGGACUUCUUGCAAGGCUACGACCAAGGUGUGAUGAACGGCCUCCUCACCUUACCGACCUUCUACAACCAGUUCCCCUCCAUUAACACCUCAACCCCCGAACUCGACAGCAAGAACGCCACACUCCAAGGCACAGCAGUCGCUCUCUACGAAGUGGGCGCAGCAUUCGGCGCUUUAGCCUGCUUCUUCCUCGGAGAUCGCUUUGGGCGAAAAUGGACGACGUCCGGUGGUGCUGCUGUCGUUUUAAUUGGUGUUAUCUUGCAAACGACCAGCUUCCAGCUUGCUCAGCUUAUCGUGGCGAGGAUUGUCACGGGCUUGGGAGUGGGCAGCUUUACGGCUAAUAUACCGACGUGGGUUGGUGAAAGCUCUGACGCGCAUCAGAGAGGGGGUUUGAUUAUGAUCGAAGGAAGUGCGGCGAUAUUUGGUGUUAUGUUCGUGGGUUGGCUUGAAUUUGGGUUCUACUUCAUCAGGCAGAAUGAGGUGGCGUGGCGAUUCCCUAUCGCAUUCCAAGCCAUCUUGCCCAUAAUAGUCAUGAUAAUGGUCCCCAUGCUCGAAGAAUCCCCUCGCUGGCUCGUCUCCAAAGACCGCCACCAAGAAGCCGCCCAAGUCCUUAGCAAACUCGAAGACGCACCCGCCGACUCCCCAGCCGUCACCUCCCGGCUCCAAAGUAUCAGAGCCUCCAUCGAGCUCGACGGUCAAGGCCACUCCUCCCACCCCUUCGCCCGCACCCCCAACCGCCACCUCAACCGCACCCUCAUCGCCAUCGCCGUCAACAUCCUCGCUCAAAUGUCCGGCGUGAACGUCAUAACCUUCUACUCGAACACUAUCUUUCAACGCGAUCUGGGAUACAGCCCCGUUCUGUCUCGGAUUAUCACAAGCUGUAUGCAAACGUGGCAGUUCCUGAUGGCCACCCUCGCAGUCUUCUUGAUCGACCGCUUUGGAAGGAGGAAAUUGCUCAUCACCGGCGCAUUUCUCAUGUGCGUCGCCAACGCCGGCUUGACAGGUCUCCGAUCCCACGCCGAUAACGCGACAGCAGCAGGAUGCUCCCUGAUCUUCUACUUCCUCGCGCUCGCCGCCUUCCCCAUCGGUCUCUUCCUGAUCCCCUUCAUGUACAGCUCCGAGAUCGCACCACUUCGGAUCCGGUCACAGGUCACGGCGAUGAGCGGGUUCAGUAAUUGGAUGUUCAACUUCUUAGUUGCGGAGGUUACCCCAGUGGCGUUUGAGAGUAUUCAGUGGAAGUACUAUUUGGUGUACGUUUGCACGAAUCUGGUGUCGGUUGUGACGUUCUACCUGUUUUUGCCCGAAACGAUGGAUAGAACGUUGGAGGAUGUUGACGCGUUCUUUUUGGGGUCGAGGAAUAUGUUGCAGCCGGUGAAAAUUGCGAAGUCGAUGCCGGCGGGUGUGGCUGGGGAGUGGGAUCUGAGGGAGAAAGUUGCGGAGGAAGAUGAGAAGGUGGAGAAGUCUUAG